UCCCUCCAUUCCAUUAACAAUUUGAGAAGAGAAAAUCCAUACUCAGCAUUCUGCAGCUACGACUACCACUCUCUGCAACUCCAUGGCCACUCCUUCACAUGCUCAAGCUGUCAAGUCUCUCAACAAGUCCCCUGGUCGCCGCCGUUUUGUGUUUAAGACAUUCUCCGAGAGAGUAGAUGAGAUCGAUAUCAAUGUAUAUCGAAGUCUUGAGAAGGUCAAAGCGGAGCCAUCUGAGGGUUCCUCUUUCUUCAGAGACUGCCUUAUAGAAUGGAGGGAGUUGAACACUGCCGAGGAUUUUAUUUCAUUGUAUGAAGAAAUUAUGCCUUAUACACAAACUCUGCCCCUGGUGCUCUUGCACAAGGAAUCUUUAAUCUCAAAGCUUCUUUCUAGGUUGCACAUAAAAGCAAGGCUAUCCCUUGAACCGAUUCUAAGGUUAAUUGCAGCUUUAUCUAGAGAUCUCCUAGAGGAAUUUGUUCCGCUAUUGCCAAGAAUUGUGGAGUCUUUAGUUUCUCUUCUAGAAAGUGGUGGUGAUAGGGAGCCAGAUAUCAUUGAACAGAUAUUCACGUCAUGGUCAUACAUUAUGAUGUAUCUGCAAAAAUAUCUAAUACGCAACCCAUCAGAGGUGCUUAAGGUCACAUCAAAAUUGAGGUAUUAUCCAAAUGAAUACGUCCAACAAUUCAUGGCUGAAGCAAUGUCAUUUGUUUUGAGAAAUGCCCCAGAUGAGCAGCUCAAAAGAGGAAUUAGAAAAGUCAUUGAUGAUGCAGUAAAGAAGCCAUCUCUGUGCAAAGAAUCAGGUGUUGAAGCAUUGCUUUAUAAUAUUAUGAAAGGUUACUCAUCAAGAUUCCACUCAAAAGCAGAGCGAGUGUUACGAUUAUUGACUAGUGAAGCAAUUUAUCCUGUUGGUGAUAACAUUGACCAAGGCAAACCUGCCUCUAUUUCAGAGUCAAGGACAAUUCUGAAAAUUAUAAAAUCUGUCUUCAAGAAGUUAUGUGAGAAGAUGGAGUCCAAGCAGAUGAGUUUGGUAUGGAAUUGCUUAUAUAAGGAAGUAAAUGAAUGUGUUAAUACAGGAAACACCAUCCACUUAAGACGCAUUUUAUCAGUACUUAUCUCAGCUAUAAAGAUGCAAAAUGGGCAAAAAGUGUCUGAGUAUAAGCCUAUGCUGGAACUUGUUCUGCUGCUUGUGCAGACAUUUAUCACACCUUAUGGAGUUAUUGAGUCACAAGAAAAUAUAUAUUUAGUUGUUGAUAAAGUAUUGAAAUUAAUGCUGGCCAUUCUUAAUGGGCUCAGUAAGUGCAGUAAUCCAAUGAUAUCAGAGUGUGCUUUCCAGUGGGCUCCGAUUUUUAAAUCACGAAGCUCAAGUUUGCUGUGUUUUAUUAGAGAACUACUACAGAAGGAUCUUUGUUUACUUGCUUUCAGAAGUAAUAUUAUAAGUGCUUUGAAUGAUUUAAUGGAGAUUUCAGAGGAAGAGGUGGUACAUUUGUUACAAUCCUUCUGUGAGAAAAUGCAAUUACAUAUACGAAACUCGGACUUUGUGGAUGGAACAGGUGCAGAAGCGCUUGCCAGGAUAUGCAGUCAUUUGCAAGGGACAAUCAAUUAUUGGGUUGGAACAAUAAAUGAUGUUGCACAUUCUGAUGUAUUAUGUCAAAUUGACGAAGGAAAGUUGGCACUGCUGUGGGGAGCUGUGAACUGCUAUUCUCACAUGUCCAUUGUUAAGGCCAAUCCAUCCUUGUUGAUGGAUCUUGUGGAUGCUGUAGAUCAUUUUCUGACUGUUAGAGCUGGCUUCAUUGCAGAUAUGUCUAGAAAGGCCUGGGAAAGCAUUAUAGGUUCUGUAUUAAGUUCUUACAACAGACUGUACAGAAACACUAACCUUGGAGCUGAUAAAACUGCAAAAUUUUUAAGUCUUGCAAAACGAUAUAAGUCAUCUUCACAAGUGUUGUUGGGUGUUGCUGAUUAUUUGGAAUACAAGAAUGGUUCCUCAUUGGAAGACAAUGGCUCUAGAAUUUAUCAUUCAGAGGUUGAAGAAAGAACUACGGAUGCAGUGGCAAUAUUUGCCAAUAAUUUGUACCAUUCAGAUAAGGAUAUUCGCAUUUCCACUCUUAAAAUACUUUGUCACUCUAAUCCUUUGAGUGGGGAAAAUUCUUCAGUAGAUCAGCAAGCUGAAAAGAAAAGGAAAAUUGAAGUUUCUCCAACUUUCAAUGUGAAUUGCCCAGAAAAUAAUGCACUGCUGUUGCUCCUUUCUAUUGAAUCAACUCCCAUUUCGAUUUCUACAAGCAGAAGCAUUCAGCGAUUGAUUUCUAAGAUACAAAUGGACCUUUCUGCUAGAAGGAUUCCUGAUGUUUAUGUGCCUCUUGUUUUAAAUGGAUUGCUUGGCAUAUUGAAUAAUCGAUUUAGCUACCUCUGGAAUCCUGUAAUAGAAUGUAUUGCUGUCUUGAUUAGCCAACAUUUUUUACUUGUAUGGGAUAGCCUUAUCAAUUAUCUGGAAAAGUGUCAAGCAAUAUUGCAGACCUCUUGUAACUUGCACAGCAGUGUCAAUGGUGCAUUGUUUGAGCAGCCAGCUGGUCUACUUGAUUGUUUCAAAUUGUUUGUCCAUCAUGAGUCAGAUAGCACACCAUCUGUAACAAUUUUAGCAUUAUUGCUUCAAGCUUUGCAAAAAAUUCCAAAUGUUAUUGAACCUCGUUCUAGGCAAUUCAUUCCUCUAUUUUUAAAGUUUUUGGGAUACAAUGAUCUUGAUCUCAAAAGCGUGGGAUUGUUUGAUUCUCAUGCUUGUAAAGGGAAAGAGUGGAAGGCUGUCUUAAAAGAAUGGUUAAACUUGUUGAGGCUGAUGAAAAAUCCCAAGUCGUUUUACUGUGGCCAGUUUCUUAAGGAUGUUCUGCUUCUAGAAGACAAUGAUCCUGAAAUACAGAUGAGAGUGCUGGAUUGCCUGUUAAUCUGGAAGGAUGAUUACUUUUUACCAUAUACUGAGCAUUUGAGGUACUUGAUUAGUUCCAAAAAUUUAAGGGAGGAACUAACUACAUGGAGUUUAUCCAGAGAAUCUGAAAUAAUUGAAGAGUGCCACCGUGCUUAUCUUGUGCCAUUAGUUAUCCGUCUUUUGAUGCCAAAAGUGAGAAAGCUGAAAGGACUUGCAUCUCGAAAGAAAGCAAGCAUUUGUCAUCGGAAGGCAAUUCUGAGUUUCAUAGCUGGAUUUGAUGUCAAUGAGCUGCCUCUUUUUUUUGCAUUACUGAUAAAACCAUUGCAAAUAGUGAAGAAAGCUGAUGGACCUGCUAACUUGUUUUGGGCUUUACCUAGAGGUUCCAUUAGUGAAUUUGAAGCUUCGUCUUUGUUAGAAUAUUUUACUUUGGAGAAUAUAGCAACCCUCUCCUGGAAAAAGAAAUAUGGAUUUUUGCAUGUCAUUGAAGACAUUGUUGGCAUUUUUGAUGAAUUUCAUAUUAGGCCAUUUCUUGAUCUAUUGGUGGGGUGUGUUGUUCGGGUAUUGGAGAGCUGCACUUCAAGUCUUGACAAAGCAAAAUUGAAUGGGGUUCAUUUAGAUCACUGUAAUUCUAGCACUGGCUCAAGUUCUUUUGGGGAGGACAGUGUGCCAACAAAUCAAAUACAGAUGGGCAGUACUUUGAAGCAGCUCAAGGAUAUGAGAUCUCUGUGCCUGAAAAUUAUUUCGCUUGUACUCUAUAAGUAUGAAGAUCAUGAAUUUGGUUCUGAUAUGUGGGACAGAUUCUUUUGCUCAGUAAAACCGCUGAUUGAUAAAUUCAAACAGGAGGCUGCUAGUAGUGAGAAACCAAGUUCACUGUUAUCUUGCUUUCUUGCCAUGAGUGCAAACCAUAAACUUGUAGCACUAUUAUGCAGGGAAGAAAGUCUUGUACCUGAUAUAUUUUCAAUUAUCUCCAUCAAUUCAGCUGCUGAAGCGGUUAUAUAUUGUGUUCUAAAGUUUGUUGAAAACUUGUUGAGCCUUGACAAUCAGUUGGGUGAUGAUGACAAUUGUGCCCAAAGAGUUUUACUUUCAAACAUUAAAGUACUUGUGGACAGCAUCUGCUGUUUAUUUGGAAAUGAUAAUGCAACCAAGAGAAAGCUGAUCAAAUCUCCUGGGGAAACAAUUAUCAGAAUUUUCAAACUUUUACCCAAGUACAUCAAUGAGGCAGAGUUGGCAAAGCAAUUUGUGGACAUAUUGCUUCUGUUUAUGGAAAAGAAAACUCAGAGUUGUGAUGUCUGGGGUGAAGCUUUACAAGUCAUUCAAAAUAUUAUACCGAUAUUAGGUCAAGGAAGUACUGCUAAAAUUCUGAGUGUUGUCUCUCCUUUAUAUGUUUCUGCUGAGUUGGAUUUGCGUUUGAGAAUAUGUGAUCUUCUUGAUGCUCUUGUAGCAUCUGAUGCAUCUCUGCUCUCAGUGGCAAAACUUCUUCGGCAGCUGAAUGCUACAUCUACUUUGGGUUGGCUUGACCAUGAUGCUAUUUUGAAUGCUUACAGAGUCAUUAAUAGUGAUUUCUUCAGAAGCAUUCAAGUGGAACAUGCAUUACUUAUUUUAUCCCAUUGUGUGCAUGACAUGGCAUCAGAAGAAACAACUUUUAUGUGUAGUGCCUAUAGUUCUUUGCUAUCUUUUGUUGAUUUUUCUGCACUCAUUCUAUGCCAAGAAGGAAACACUGAAGGAGAGUUGUCAAUGGUGAAAAACACUAACGGUUGUUGGACAAAAUCAUGCAUCAAGCGUAUUGCAAAGAAAUUUCUAUUGAAGCAUAUGGCAGAUGCAAUGGAUGGACCACUUUCUGUUAUGAAGGGAUGGAUAAAAUUGUUACAUCAAAUGGUGUUGAAGCUUCCGGAAGUGUCAAAGCUUAAAUCACUUAUGGUCAUGUGCAAUGAGGAUGGUGAAGUAAAUUUUUUUGACAAUAUAACUGACUCAGUGAUACGUAAGAGAGUUAAAGCAUUGUCAUGGUUUAGGAAUAUUAUCAUUAAGAACAAGUUUUCUGAGUUGAUAGCUGAAAAAGUGUUCAUGCGACUCUUCUUCAACAUGUUGUUUGAUGAGAAAGAAGCAAAGGCAGAGCAUAUGAAAAAUGCUUGCAUAGAAACCAUUGCUUCUGUAGCUAGUCAAAUGGGAUGGAAGUCAUACUAUGCAUUAUUGAUCAGAUGUUUUCGGGGAGCAUCCAGUAGUCCAGACAAACAGAAACUCUUUAUACGCUUGAUUUGCUCUAUUUUGGAUAAAUUUCACUUUUCAGAAGUUGGUUACAAUAAAGAACCUAAGGAAUCUAUGGUUGGAAUUUCUGACAUAGGAAUAACCGACUCUUCUGAUGCAAACACGGAGAUACAGACUUGCCUCUAUAAAGUUGUGCUUCCAAAAAUACAGAAGCUGCUGGAUUCUGAUUCUGAAAAGGUCAAUGUAAAUAUCAGUAUUGCUGCACUGAAACUACUUAAAUUACUUCCAGGAGAUGUGAUGGACUUGUAUCUUCCAACUAUUGUUCAUCGAAUUUCAAACUUCUUGAAGAGUCAUCUAGAAAGCAUUCGUGAUGAAGCUAGGUCUGCAUUGGCUACUUGUUUGAAAGAACUUGGAUUGGAGUUCUUGCAAUUUAUUGUCAAGGUUUUGCAGUCUACCUUGAAGAGAGGAUAUGAACUUCAUGUUUUAGGAUACACACUUAAUUUUAUUUUGUCCAAGUGCCUUUCAAGUCCAGUUGUUGGAAAGAUAGAUUAUUGUUUGGAUGAUGUCCUUUCUGUGAUAGAGAAUGACAUUCUUGGAGAUGUUGCUGAGCAAAAGGAGGUGCAAAAGAUAGCUGCAAAAAUGAAAGAAACAAGGAGGAAAAAGUCAUUUGAAAGCUUGACAUUGGUGGCCCAAAAUGUAACAUUCAAAAGCUAUGCACCGAAGCUCCUUGCACCUGUGACUGCUCAUUUGCAGAAGCACAUUACACCUAAUGUAAAAGGAAAAUUGGAAAAUAUGUUGUGUCAUAUAGCUGCUGGUAUUGAAAGCAAUCCAUCUGUAGAUCAGACUGAACUAUUUAUCUUCAUUUAUGGAAUUAUUGAAGAUGGCUUAAAAGAUGAAAUUGGUUGGCAUGAGAAUAAAUUAACGAAAUUGGAAGAUAAAGAUAGCCGGAUUAAUACCAAAAGAAUUUCUACAGGCCAUGUAGUUGCUAAUGGUUUAUUGUGUUCACACCUUAUUACAGUGUUUGGUCUCAGAAUAUUGCAUAAACGUAUGAAGAGUAUGAAACAGAACGUAAAAGAUGAAAAUACUCUAUCCUUAUUAGAUCCUUUUGUCAAGCUAUUAAGUGAUGGCUUGUGCUCCAAGUAUGAGGAUAUUUUGUCUACUUCCCUUGGCUGCCUUGCUAUACUGGUCAAGUUGCCUUUACCAUCCCUUCAACCACAGGCUGAGAGAGUAAAAACUGCUUUGUUAGAUAUUACCCAAAGUUUGGUGAACUCUAGCAGUCCUUUAAUGCAGUCAUCUUUGACAUUGCUGACUGCGCUUUUGAGGAACACAAAAAUUUCUCUCACCUCAGAUCAGAUAAAUCUAUUAAUUCAGCUUCCUAUAUUUCUUGAUCUUGAAAAGAAUCCGUCUUUGGUGGCCUUAUCCCUUCUAAAGGGUAUUGUCAGCCGUAAGCUGGUUGUACCUGAGAUAUAUGAUCUUGUCACUAGGGUUGCAGAACUGAUGGUAACUAGUCAGAUGGAACCAAUUCGAAAAAAAUGUAGUAAAAUUUUGUUGCAAUUUUUGCUUGAUUAUCAACUUUCAGAAAAGCGCUUGCAACAACAUUUGGAUUUCCUGCUCUCAAAUUUGAGAUAUGAGCAUUCAAGUGGACGGGAAUCUGUUCUUGAAAUGAUUCAUGCUAUUAUUGCGAAAUUUCCAGAAAGUGUUUUGGAUGAGCAAUCACAGACAUUAUUUGUUCAUUUGGUAGCUUGUUUAGCCAAUGAUAGUGAUAAUGUUGUUCGUUCUAUGAGUGGGGCUGCUAUAAAAAAUCUCAUUAGUUCUGUUAGUUCUAAUUCACUUAAUGCCAUACUUGAGUAUGCUCUUUCUUGGUAUUUGGGUGGCAAGCGGCAACUAUUGGGUGCAGCCGCUCAGGUUUUGGGGCUGCUGAUUGAGGUAAUAAAGAAAGGAUUUCAUAAACAUAUAAAUUGUAUCUUGCCUGUGACUAAAUGCAUCUUGCAGUCUGCCAUAGAUGCAAUUACUAACAGGCAAGUGGGCUUUUCAGCCGAAUCUAUCAUUCCCCUUUGGAAAGAAGCAUACUACUCACUUGUUAUGUUAGAGAAGAUGAUUAAUCAGUUCCAUGAUUUAUGCUUUGCGAAGGAUCUUGAGGAUAUAUGGGAAGCAAUAUGCGAGAUGCUGUUGCACCCACAUUCAUGGAUACGCAACAGAUCGGUUCGCCUCAUAGCCCUAUACUUUACACGUGUAACAGAUGUUAGCAGAGAAAAUCAUGAAAGCUCCUUAAGAAAUUAUUUUAUUAUGAGUCCAAGUAGACUAUUUUUAAUAGCUACUUCUCUUUGCUGCCAACUGAAAAUGUCACUCAUUGAUGAUGCUGACAGCAAGCUUAUGACCCAGAAUAUUGUCUUUGCUAUUUGUGCUGUCCAUUCUUUAUUGGGGCAACUUGCAUGUGUAGAUCCCCCUGCAUUCUGGGCUACUCUUGAGCAACACGAAAAGGACCAGUUUCUUAGAGCUUUUGAGCUUCUUGAUUCAAGAAAAGGAAGAAACAUGUUCAUGUCCUCAUCUCUUACCUCUCCUGCAUUUGAAGAUGACAAUCAAUGUAAUGUUAAUAAUGCCAAGCAUGUACUUAUCUCGUUGUUGCUCAGUAAAAUGGGGAAAACUGCCCUUCAAAUGGGUGCUAUUCAGAUGGAAAUAGUCUUCAACAGUUUUGGAAAUAUUAUGACACAGAUUAGUCAGGAUGACUGCCUACACUAUGCAUACAUGGUCCUGUUACCGAUAUAUAAAGUCUGUGAAGGAUUUGCUGGAAAAGUUGUAACUGAUAAAGCAAAAAAGCUGGCAGAGGACACCUGUGGAAAAGUAGAGAAUAUUUUGGGUACUCAGAACUUUGUGCAAGUUUACAACCUUGUCAGGAAGAACCUUAAGUUGAAAAGAAAUAAAAGAAAACAAGAAGAAAAGCUCAUGGCUGUUAUCAAUCCAGCGCGAAAUGCCAAACGGAAGAUGAAAGUUGCUGCCAAGAAUCAUGCCAACAAAAAGAGAAAAAUCAUGACAAUAAAAAUGGGGAGAUGGAUACAUUGAUCAAAAGUUGGGCGACGAGAAAGGUCCAUGUAUGUACAUCCAGUUUGGCGCUUCAAGUAAUCCUGUGUCAAGGUUUUCAUUCUGUCGUUGAUCUUACCAUGAUCCAGGAGACUCCUGGAGAUAGUCUCUUAUAAAGGAUAGUGUCGGCACCUACUGUUGCUUGAAGAAAAAUUGUGGUGUGGUGAUUGAAUUGGUGAAUAGGCAUCUCUGGUGGCGAAGGGCAGACAUGACUGGAAGGACAAGUUGGAAUUUUCUUGAUAAAUUUGGAGUAUUAACUUUCAUUUCAUGAUAGGAUUAGGUAGUUUUAACGAAUGUAUUUUGAAAAGGAAAGAAGUCCAUUUACGAUUACAGCUGUUAGUUAUAGGUCAGCCUUCAGUGCUUGGAUCGCUUCACUUUCAAGUAUGAAUGAUUGGCGAGACUUGUUUCUGAAUAUUGUAUGUAGACUCUAUCCAAAUUUUUGUUCCACACACAUUGAGUAUAAAAUUAAAAUACAGCAUUCGGG